AUGUCGGAAGCCGUCCUCACCCAGAUCCUCACCAGCCUCGCCGAUCUCAGGGUAACUCAGCAGUUACUCGCCGACAAGGUUGACAAAAUCCAGGCAGACACUGUCCUGUCCAAGGAGGACCAUCUGCUCCGAAAGGUUGCCCACUACCACAACAGCCCAGGUCAAUCAGACUCUGAUGGCGAUACCAUUGUGUCCCCCACCUUUGCAAGUGAGCCAAGCAACGAUGCCGCCGCCUCAGUCUACACUGACAAGCCUGUCAUCACUACCUACCCCGGAGAGAAGGGUGUCAAGCCUUCGAAGUUGAACUGGGGCGAGGCUACCCCUCAGGCUCGUGGACCCAUCGUUGUUUCCCGCCUUGCAAACUCCAUUAAUGUCCGCAAUGCUAUCGGUGCAUAUGGUGGUCCAUACUCCAUCUACCGGUCCCUCGCCGUCGCUAUGGGUGAUCUGCCUGCCAACCACAAACCCAAUUUCGAGCACACGCAGCCUCCAAUCACCAUCCACCAGCAGCCUCAAUGGUCCGACCCCUCCAAGAUCGUCUCCAUGGACCCCUUUGGCCACCUCACCAGUCAGUACUACAAGGCCGAGAUCGACAAGGGCCUCGACAUCCGUCCCUCCAUCGCCAUCACCCGCGCACACAUGAUCGUCCCAGAGCUCCAGGCAGAGGUCAACAGCGGCGCUCUCAAGGUCGACGGCAAGGUUAUGGUCAACGAAGCAGGAGAGCUUAACGUCCACAAGGCUGCUGUCGACCCUGUCUGGUAUCUCCCCGGUGUCGCCGCACGCUUGAAUGUCGAGGAGGAUCUCUUGCGUCGUGCACUCUUUGAGAAUACUGGAGGUAUGUACCCCGAGCUCAUCACCCGACCUGACCUCAAGGUCUUCUUACCACCCAUCGGUGGUUUGACGUGUUACAUCUUUGGAAAUCACGAGCUACUUUCGGAUCCCAAGACCCGUGUGACAGUUCGUGUCCACGACGAGUGCAAUGGCUCUGACGUCUUUGGUUCCGACAUCUGCACUUGCCGACCCUACCUCGUCUACGGCAUGAAGGAAUGUAUCAAGGAGGCCCAGAACGGCGGCGUUGGUCUCAUCGUCUACUUCCGCAAAGAAGGUCGUGCUUUGGGAGAGGUCACAAAGUACCUGGUCUACAAUGCCCGCAAGCGAGGAGGAGAUUCCGCCGCAAGGUACUUCGAGAGAACCGAGAACGUCGCAGGAGUCAAGGAUAUGCGUUUCCAGGCACUCAUGCCCGAUGUUCUCCACUGGCUCGGAGUCACCAAGAUUGACCGCUUCAUGUCGAUGUCGAACAUGAAGCACGACGCGAUCAUUGAUGCUGGCAUCAAGAUCUUGGAGCGUGUUCCCAUUCCUGACGACUUGAUCCCCCCAGAUUCCAAGGUUGAGAUGGACGCCAAGAUCGCUGCCGGCUACUUUACGACCGGACACAUUCCCGACGCCGAGGAGCUGUGCCGCACAGUUGGUCGUGGCUGGGAGGAGUUCCAAGAGUAA